AUGUCCAAGAAGAAGAUAUCUAAACCGACUGGACCUCCUGGGAAAGACAGACUUGCGGUUGCUCGGGAAGUUCGGCUCAUAGAACUGGGUCUGAGAUACGCGUGUUCCGACUUUGUGUUCUACACCAGCUACAUCGUUCUGUUACUGGUCAUAGCGAACGGGAGCAGGGACAGUUCCAUGUACCACAUGAACACCCAUCUUCAUAACACACUUCUUCAUCCUUUCUCACAGGUCAAAGAUUCCCCAACGUUUUGGGAUUUUGUCAGAGAUCACGUCGUUUCAGAUCUUCAUGACGUGAGGUGGUACAACGGAGACAGAUUCCACAGGGCAGGCUUCCUGACUGAUACCAGCUCAUUCCUCGUCGGACGUCCCAGGCUCCGGCAAAUCCGAGUCCAGAAAGACGAAAGCUGUGAUGUCCCCGCACCUUUGUGGAGAACGCUGACUGACUGUGAUAAGCCUUACAGCCUGCUGAAUACUGACGUCAACAGUUACGACGUCGGGUGGGAACAUUUUAAGAACGUAACGUUUGAAGCACCGACCAGCUUGCACAACGUUUCCCACUACCAGAGGCCAUGGAUUUACCAGUAUGCAUCAUUGAGUGCGGCCGUUCCUGAUACUGGCAAACAUGGCUCCUACUACGGCGGCGGUUACCUGGUGGAACUAUCCAACAGUAGCAGCGCCGACAUGGAACUGAUAGAUGAACUGCAGGAAUUGCACUGGAUAGAUGCCAACACAAGGGCAGUUUUCAUUGAGAUAAUCGUCUACAAUGCGAACGCAAAUCUGUUUGCGGUUUUGACGUUGCUAACUGAGUUUACCACACUAGGGAAAGCCUACAGUCAAGGCGAGAUUAUGGUGGUCCGGUUGUACCCGUACACGACAGCAUGGGGAUUCGUUCUGCUGGGAUGUUACGGACUCUUCAUCCUUAUUACUCUGUAUCUUGCAUUUAAAGAAGUACGCCGCAUGCUGACGCUGGGAAUGGAAUACUUCAAGCUGUUCUGGCGUGUAGUGGAGCUCGUGCUGUCCCUGUUGGCUCUGGCGGAAAUCGGGGUCCACCUUUAUACCGCCUACCUGAUACUCGGCUUCAACAAUGUUAGAACCCAUGGUGACGAUAGCAGUGGAGAUCAUAGGUACAAUAAGUACAAACAAGCUGCAAGCUGGGAUAAAAUCAACACGUACAUUCUCGGCUGGCUGGUCUGUGUGGCGUGUUUAAAGAUGUUGUACCUGUGCCGAUUUAACAACAAAAUCGCGCGUGGACCAAAAGUGACGAGAAAGGCACUGAAACCGUUGCUCAGCUUCAUGGUUGUAUUUAGCUUUUUGUUCAUGGCGUUUUGUAUGCUCGGGUUCCUGGUUCUCGGCUCUAGGCUGAGUCUGUACAGCAGUUUCGUUCAGACCAUGCAGACGUUGUUUUCUGUCAUGCUCGGGAAAAUGGACUACUACUCGGUAGAGUCGGCAGGUGGCGUCCUCGGACCGCUGAUGCUGUUCUGCUUCGUCAUGUUUUUCCCCAACGUCCUGGUCAUGAUGUUUCUGGCGAUUUUCGACGACGCUUUCCAAGAAGUCAUCGAGGAGGAAGAGAUCAGUGGGAAGUCAGAAAACGAGAAAAUCAAAGACUAUGCUGUUUAUCUGUUUAGAAAGUUUGUAUUGAAGAACACGGAUGAGGAAUUUUUCACUGUAAAUCAGACAAAUGUGGCGGAUAUUGCCGAAGCGAGAGACAGACCUUCGGGUGAAACCGUUCCUAAAAUACACAUAAAUGGAACAUCGCGGAUGGAUUCUUCUUACGAGGUGAUGGAACUUGUGGAAUUGGAGGAAAUUGACGAAUCGGUAGGUCAAAUUUCCUCCGCUGUAACACUGUAUGUGGAAAUGGUGUAUUUAUUAAAUCAAAUUCGAAAUGCAGCUAGACAAAUCUAUCGAAUUUCUUCGGACACUAAAAUUGCGAAGUGAAGUUCAACAAUGUUAGCUACACAUAGUAUACCUUGCAUGUAUCAACUUUGACUGUAUAUGACGU